GCGUGGGCCUCCGACUGACACUAGGGUUGUGCCGCCGGCGCCGCCGCCGGAGAUGGACGCCGCGGGGCUCGCGGCGCUGGAGGGAGAGCUCGUCGCCAUGUCGUCCCGCAUCGCCUUCCUCGAGGCCAGGGUCUCCUCCCUCGAAGCCGAGAACGCGCGCCUGAGGGGGGCCAUGGCGGGGGAGGGGGAGCCGGCGGGCCGUGCAGGUAACGGAAACACCCCGACCUCCUCCUCCCGUCGAUUCGGUGGCGGGAACGCGCAAGGGGAAGCGGAGGUGGCGGGAGGGCGUGUGGCCGCGCGUGAUGUUGUAGAGGUCAGCGACAGCGACGAGGAGGCGGAGGCGGAGGCGGAGAAGGGGAGGGCCGCGGAGGAGGGCACUGGUGCGGUUCCGAUCCCCCGGAAGCGUGCGGCCUUGCGGGUGGUGACCGGCGAGAGCGGGGAUGAGGACGAGGUCGAGGACGCCGAGGCAGGUGGUGGUGAUGAUGGAGGCGACCAGGGGAGCGUUAGCUGUGGCGACAAUGCGGGUCUCGAGGAUGAUGAUGUUAGUGCCACGCCGCAUGGUAGGAAGCGCGCCGCCGCGCUGGUUGUCACCAGCGAUAGUGAAGAUGAGGUUGGGAGUUGGGGUGGACGCAGGAGGGGCAAGGAUGAUAACAGGAAGCGCGCUCUGCGUGGUGGCCGCGACGAUGAGGAUGAUGAUGAGGGUGAGGGUGUCACUUUGAGUAGGAAGCGUGCUCUGCGUGGAGACAGUGAUAGUGAGAAUGAGGAUGGUGGUGAUGGUGCUCAUGUAGUUGCAACAGGGAUUGAGAGUGAUGAUGAUAUGAUUCCUAUUCGUGAAGUGGUCAAGAAGAUGAGAAAAGAGAGGGUGAGCAAGGGAGGUGGUGAAUUGGGUGAGACUGAAGGGUGUUCCACGCCUACAACUAGGCGCUCGGCUCGGUUAGCUAAAGGUCGGUCAAAAAGACCGCAGUCUGCACGUCGGGCUCUCAACUUUGUUGAACCCAAGGAUUGUCAAGAGAGUGAGUGUGACUCAGAUGAAGAUGAUGAUAUUAAUGAAUUUAUAAUAAAUGAUUCGGAUUGUUCGGAAAAUUCUGCUGAACCAGAAGACUCUGAUGCCUCUGCUCCCACUGAAGGAUCCUCUUCAGAACUAGAAGAGUCUGACAAUGAGAUAGACUAUAAAGAUGUUAUGGCUUGCAUAGGUCGUAAAAGGAAUACUAAGGAAUGGAAGUUUGAGGCAGAGAUGUUAUCUGCAUUUGCUGAAAACCCUGAACUUUGCUUGAAAGCUGUUUGUGCUCUCUAUCGAAAGCAGACUGAGGAUGAACAGAGAUCGAAGUCUACAAUUGUGCAUAACAAGCAAGGAUUUAACCAAUUUGAUGCCUUAAGGGGAUCUUCCAUUGCCGAGUUUCUUCUUGAUGGCGAUACUUUUGGCCUGCUUAAGAAGACUGUCCAUGAUUUGGAGGAAUAUGAUCCUUGCGCACUUGAGUUCUGUCACAAACUGGCUGCACGUUACUCAAAACAGUUGUUUUCAAUAUAUCAGAACAAGGAGGACCCCAACUUCCAUCCAUGACUCCGGGAAGCAACAUCAAGGACCCAAGGCAAAGAACUUUGCAAACCAGCCACAUAUCUGAAGAAAUGUGGGUCCCUGUGCAAUGCAGGGCCAGCAUUUAACCAGGGAGGUAUGAAGCACAUAAUCCUCCUAUACUACACCCCCAGAUGCAUAAAGCAUUUAGUGGCCAGCUCUCAAUCCAGUGAAGACCACAGUUAAUUAAGGCCACUCUCAAUCAAGCCGAUCAAUGUAUGUGUCAGCUGCAGCAAAUCUCCAAUUAAGUUAACAAUUGUUCGGUUUACCAUUGCUCUCAAACCCUUAACAGAGUCCACUGCCUGCAGCGGCAGCUAGUGAUAUAAUAGUGGUUGUGAGCACUUGUUAGUCCUUAAUAAUAAUGAUACUGACACAAGAUUAUGGGCUGUGUUCUUUUUUUUUUAAAAAAAUAAUUAUGGGCUCUGUGGCAGUGAGCCAUCCUACUGGCCUGGGUGUUUUUGUCAGCUCAU